AUGAAUUAUGCGUACGAAGAAUACUUGAAGAACCCAGACGUUUCUCAGUUCGCUAGCUUUUCUCAUGUCGACGAGAGUGGGCGUCUAGCAACGAAGAUGCCUACUGCAGUCGAAGCUGGGUCGCAUUUGAUAUUAUUGCAUGCUUUUCACAAACUAUACAAGGACGCACUGCAACGAUUUAGCUGGAAAGUAUAUGUAACGAAUGCCAUUAGAAGGUUCUUAAUAUUCCUCGGUGCCUACAGAUCACUGAGGGUAUUGGAUGUAGAUGAUGAACUGGAUAUUAAUAUCUUCUUUUCAUAUGGCAAUAAGGCUUGGAAAACCAAUGUGCUCUACACUUUAUUACCACCAUUAGAUAUUCUCAUGAUUUGGCAUGCUUACCUCUUGAACCCCAAGUCAUAUUAUGAUUUCUGUGCUCGUAAUAAAGUGCUCGAUUUUGCUUUCACACCGUUCCCACUAAUAGAGGUGGUUUCUGCAAUUGAUAAGGCAUCAUUCGAGUUCAAACCUAGUCUUCUGCAAUACGCUGGAUUCCAGAACUUGAUAAAAGACUACGGCACUGAUUUGGAAUACGAUGUUUCUAAAAUAGAGAACGCCAUGGAUGUACAUUGCUCCCUAUGUUUCAAGGUGAUUGCUUCCCCAGUUCCAUACACCAAUGAAGAGCAUACUGGCUUCGCAGACGCUGGACUCCUAGCUCCUGGAAUUCAAAACAAAGGGUGUCCAGUCUGCAACAAAAGAUCAACUGUAACCCAUGAAGAACUCAGAAAGCGUCAACUUCAGGCGGAUAUCAUCAGGAAUACAAUAUUACCGAAUUGUUAUAAAUAUUUCUCAUCCGUUGUAUCCAACACCCUUUAUCGUGUGGAUAAACCUCAAAUGGUCACGAAACAGGUAAAAGAUCUAAUACAAGCGCAACCAGACAUCAUAGAGACCUCAAUGAAUAUUCCUAAUUUGAUAUCAAAACUAAUAACCAAUCAAAAGGAAAUACGAAAUAUAGAAGUGAUAACUUACAUUCUAAGAACUUAUGCACAAUUGAAUCCGAUCCACUUGUUGAUAUCGUCACCAGAUCGAAUAGAACUUUCUGAUGACUUAGUAGGCAUGGUUGUACGGCAGCAGAGGUAUAUCCAAGAAGUUAUAUCCUUAAAUUGGCUACGCUCUUCUCAACUAAUCAACAGUCUACUGCUGGCAGAAGAUAGAUACAAGAAAUUUAUGGAGCUUUAUGUGACAACCAGAUAUAGAAUACUUAUUCCGACUAUAGAUAUAGAUCUUUUCUGGAAGACCCAUUUACUUUCUUUGUACAACUACUUUUCCUUCUGCAAAGAAAGUAAAGCAGACUGUGUUAUAGACCACUACGACAAAAUUGAAGAAUCUAGACUCUUUUUCCACUUUCAAGACACGGCACAAUUGUUCUUCACAAGGUUUAAAGAACACUAUUCGGAUUGCACCUGUUGCAAAACUAAGAUCAAUUCCAAAAAACUGAUAGCAAGAGUCAUCUUUAGAAAGAAAAAGCAAACGGCACAUGAAAUAAGCGAUAUGAUAACCUUGUCACAUAUUUCAACACACAAGGCAAUACGAAUAACGUCCGAUUCUGCAGAAAAGGCAAGGCUUGGGAUACCAGUGAAUUCAUUCAAGAGAAUACAGGCAGAAAUGGAAGGGAAUUGGGUUAUUUCCAUAGAUGAGCCUUACUCAAGGUCAGAGCUAAAAUUCAGGACUGGGGGUGCUAAUAAUUUGGUAGUUACAGAAGGAGACGGAGGAAGUCCAAGAGAAGGUGUCGAUCAGAUAUGGGGAAAGAAGCAGACCCUCAUGAAUAUUAGGUGA